AUGCGCUCGCCCGCUUUUCCUCCGAGGCGACCUUCUCACCUCGUGCGAUAUAUUUUUCCCGCCUUUCUCCUAAUAGGCUUAUUCUACUAUCUCUCGCAUAAACCUCGAGAUCCCGGCGUUCCUAAUACCUAUUUAACAUCCGGCCAUGACUCGAAGUCGUCUUCUUCGUCUUCUUCGUCCGCGAACUCACACAAGCAAGGGACGACGCCUGACGUAGUUAAUCAACCUGCCAAGAAUCCCGCUUCGAAUCAGAAGCCCGUUCACGGGAACACCGAUGGGGCGAACCAGCCCAUCCUCGAUCCAAAACCCGCACCCGUACCCGAUCAGCCGGUCCAACCUAUCCAACCUGUACCUCCUAAACCCGCCGUCGCCCACCCGAUCGACGAGCUCAUCAAGAUUGCCGAUAAUGAUUUUAAAGAUUUGCUUGCCAAGGAGUCGAACACGCUUGCCGAAGCUGCGCAGGCCUAUCGCAAACGUCGCGGUCGACAUCCACCUCCCGGUUUUGACAAGUGGUACGAGUUCGCCAAGAAGCAUAAUGCUCUCAUAGUCGAAGACUUCUUUGAUCAGAUCCAUCACGACCUAAAUCCUUUUUGGGGUCUGGACGCCGCUACCAUUCGUACUGAGGCUAUGGGUUAUGAGAUGGUUAUCAACGUGCGCAAUGGCAACGCGAGCGCCGAGAGUGAUUGGUUCUGGACCCAGAUCUGGCUAGACAUGAUCCAGACUAUCGAACACCUGUUGCCCGAUAUGGAUAUCGCGUUGAACGCAAUGGACGAACCUCGGCUCGUUGUUCCGUGGGAGGAUAUCAACGCCAACAUGAAGAAAGAAAAGCAAAGUCGGAUUCUCAGCCCGACGAAGAGCAUCGUCAAGGAAUUCCAAAAAUUACCGCCUCCCGUAAAGCACGACGAGAAUGACAAGUCACUUCAUACCAUUGAUAAAAAUUGGGAAGAUACGAAUCCGUAUUGGCUCAUCGCUCGUCGAGGCUGUCCUCCCGAUAGCCCGGCUCGGAAGCAGCCUGCGAUGAGUUCGUUCAACGACAAGCCCAACUUCGCCCCGUCGUGGGCGACACCCCACCAGUACCAGGGAUACGUAUCCAACGCUUCGCUCUCGUCCGAAUUCUGCCACCAGCCGGAUCUGCAGGGACUGGAGGGUAUCUUUAUUAAACCUCUAACUACGUCCGCUACGAAAGUCCUCUUCCCGAUGUUUGGGGGAAGCAAGCUGGCCACGAACAACGAGAUUCUCCUUCCUGCUCCGAUGUACUGGAACGAGGAAGAGCGGUUUACCGGAGGAGACGACCACGGUCCCUCUUGGGAUAACAAGAUCGGGCCCGUGAUAUGGCGUGGCGUGGCUACCGGCGGCCGGAACAACGAAUCUAACUGGAAGGGCUUUCAGAGACAUCGGUUCGUCUCGAUGAACAACGCGACAAAGCUUACGCGUGCGGAGGAGGGGGCGGAGCAGCCGACCAACUUUGAGCUACCCAGUACGACCUAUAGUCUCGCGGCUCAGAAGGAGAAGCGGCUCGGGACCUGGGUGUCGCAGUGGUCGGAUGUGGGCUUUACCGACUUGUUCUGCGAUCCCGACGUAGAGCCGCAGCAGGAAGACGGGCAAUGCAUCUACACCGACGAGCACUACGAGACCGUACUCGGACAGAAGUUGGCAGUUCAGUUCUUCUACAAGUAUCUCCCUGAUAUCGAUGGCAACUCCUUCUCGGGACGGUACCUGGGUUUCCUGCGGAGUACGAGUCUUCCCAUCAAGAGCACGCUCUGGCGCGAGUGGCACGAUAGUCGCCUAGUGGCGUGGAAGCAUUUCGUGCCGAUGGACAACCGUUUCGGCGAUUACUACGGCAUAAUGGAGUAUUUCCUCGGGUACGAAGACAGCGUUCCCGGCCACGACGACGUCGCGCAGAGGAUCGCGAUGGACGGGAAGGCCUGGGCGGAGAAGGUGCUCAGGAAGGAAGACAUGCAGAUUUACGUCUUACGAUUACUGCUCGAGUACGCGCGGAUUGCCGACGACAGGAGAGAGAGCAUGGGCUGGGUAGACGAUUUGGUGUCGUGA